UUUCAAUCUAAUAUUUGUUUCUUGCAGAUACGGACAUUUGUUUGUUGUUUGCCUCCUGAACUUGAUGAUGAUGACGAUGGUGGUAGGCCCUUCUUCCAAUCUGCUUUCAGACAAUCAUCUAGACCCUCAAAGAGUUUCUCUCUCCGGGUCUAAAUCCCUCUUCCCCAUAAUUCUAGACCAUCCCCCUCUCUCUCUCUCUCUCUCUCUCUUCUUCUAUUUCAUCCUCAGCCUUCAUCUUCAUCAUCAUUCAUCAUCAUCGAAGGGAAAUAACAGUAGUAGGGUCUUCUUCCUCCUCCCAGUUGUUACUUUAUAACCAACCAGCCAAGCCAAGCCAAGCAGAAGAUGAAUUCUUUAUUCCUUUCCUGCGGAACCUCAGUAAACCCAUUUGUUCAGAAGCCGCCACAUGCUUACCCAUGGAGACCUUUCCUUUGUUCUAACCGGCAAGAACCUAAAAACCCCAUUGGCAAUCCCUCCUCAAGAGCCAGACGAACUAAUUUUAUAAAACCAAUUAAGGAACAACAACCACUUCAUCAUAUUCCUCCUCCCACCACCACCACCACCAGCACCAAUAUUAUGAAAAACAGGGUUUACGAGGAAAAAACAGGUCACUGGGAGCAAAUGAGGGUUUUGUGUGGACUUGGGUACUGUGUACAAGGUUUCAGAGGCUUCCCUUGGCUGGUUCUCAACUUCCACAUGUCCCAUAAUCUUCAUAUGCCCCCUUCUACAUUACAGCUUGUUCAGAACUUGGGUAACCUUCCCAUGGUGGCUAAGCCUCUUUAUGGUGUAUUAUCUGAUGCUGUCAACAUUGGUGGAGUAGGUCAUCGAAUACCCUAUAUUCUAAUUGGAGUUGUUCUGCAGAUACUAGCUUGGGCGCCAUUAACAUUCAUCCCAGUUGCGCAUGAAGCUCUUCCUGGUCUUAUCGCGUGCGUACUUCUGAGUAACGUCGGGGCAUCCAUUACAGAAGUUGCAAAUGAUGCACUCGUUGCAGAAUAUGGCCAUAAGCAUAAACUAACCGCUCUCCAAUCUUAUGCAUUCAUGGCUUCUGCUGCAGGAGGGCUUCUGGGGAACUUGUUGGGCGGAUAUUUCUUGCAGAAAACUCAACGGUCGAAUAAUUUAUUUCUAGUUUUCUCUUCAUUACUUUGUGCACAAGUUUUAGUUACUUUGACAACCAGAGAGCAAUCUCUUGGUCUUUCUGAUCCUUCAAGAAAGGAACGGAGAGGGUCCUCUUCAUUGUUGGAAAUUAUCAAGGGUCAGUAUGGGAACCUCACUCGAGCGGUUAGGGAGGAGAAAGUAUCACGGCCUCUAACUUGGGUUGUUGCUUCGAUUGGUUUGGUGCCAAUCUUCUCCGGUUCUAUCUUCUGCUACCAAACUCAGUUCUUAAAUCUCGAUCCUUCGGUUAUUGGGCUAUCGAAAGUCACUGGUCAGUUGAUGCUUCUGUCUGUGACUUUUCUGUACGAGAGAUUUUGGAGAAGCAUCCCAACAAGGAAACUAGUUUGCAUGGUGCAAGCUCUUUACGCGUUUUCUCUUCUACUUGACUUUAUCCUGGUAAAGCAGAUAAAUGUUAAACUAGGGAUUCCAAAUAAAGUCUUUGUGCUUUGUUUUUCUGGAUUAGCAGAAACCAUUGCCCAAUUUAAACUUCUUCCCUUUUUUGUGCUAUUCGCACGUUUAGCCCCACAAGGCUGUGAGGGUUCUCUUACGUCAUUUUUGGCAUCAGCAUUGUGUUUCUCGUCUAUUUUUAGUGGGGUUUUGGGUGUUGGAUUGGCGUCUUUACUUGGAAUAACAUCGGGUGAUUAUUCAAUGCUUCCAAUUGGGAUUGUUAUUCAAUCCAUUGCAGCCUUAAUACCUCUAAGAUGGAUUCAUCAGCUCCCCCUGUCACCUCCCGUGAAUGAGACAGAGGCUUCAGGAAGGAAAAGUGUAAGAACGAGAAGAAAUUGGAGGAAGGUGAAAAGAAUGGUUGUUGGCUCUAUUUAUACCCCCAAACAAGAAAGAGAAUCCAAGGCCAGGUAGUAAAGGAAUCAUCUUUUGAACUAGUUACAAAAGAAGGAGGCCUUCUUUCAAGUGAACCAUUUUACAUGUCAAACUGAAGGCAGAGGGAAGUGUGAGACUGAGACAUGUUCGCUAGCGCUUGAAUUUUGUCAUGUCAAAAUAUGUAAUUUUAUCUGUGAACAGAGAACCAAUAGUGGGUAGAGUGCUAUGAGGAUAUGGUUUCGGUAAUGUACACAAGGCAUAAAGAGUGAAGCCGAGGGAUGGUUUUCUGCAAAUAAAUUUUGGAAGGAGCAAUUAUCUAAUUCAGCAGCUUAAAUUAUAAAUUAUUCCAAAAGGUAUAUUCUUCAAGAUGAAAGUUGAUCUAUGACUCGAAAAAGCUAUUCAAAUGUGAUAUAUUUCUAAUUAUUUUAAUUAAUACUUGUAUGCUUGGCUGAUGCAAGAUAUACCAGAACCUUCUUGAAACAAUAAUAGUAGUAUUACAUCAGAUAAUCGACUUCCUGACCAUCUGAUAUAUAUUGGCAAACAUUCUUGAGUUGGAAUCUUCUUGUUCUAGUUAAAUAUUAGAUCAAAAAGUAAGAGAGGAUUCGAAAGGAGUAUCCAGGCCAGCGACAACAGCUUUGUCGCACCCUAAGGUUGUGUUCUGAUUGGCAAGAAUAUCGUUCAGCUCCCACAAGCCAUCCCACAAGAUGCCUUCACCACUUGGCUCGGGUACUGUUACUGCUUCUGUGUAAUAGCCAUUGAAGAUGUUGUUUUCCUGUUGGCCAUGUUCCUGGAAAACCGUGUUGUUCUGGUAAGUGGCGGUGGUUGUGUCUUGCUUAUUGGGUACAUAUGCCAAUCUGUUAUCAUUUUCGUCGAGAAGGAACAACAUCAUCCUCUUAAUGUUCAUUUGAUUGGCUAGUUGUUGUUGCUGAAACUGUUGCUGCUGCUGAAAUUGUUGCUUCUUUAGGAGUCGUGCUCUCACCUUGUCAAUGUUACUUGCGGAGGAUGCCUUUGGCUUCUUCUUGAAAUGCGUCCUCCAAUAGUUCUUGAUCUCGUUAUCAGUUCUACCAGGCAAACUUCUUGCUAUUGUGGACCAUCUGUAAAAUGGGAAUUAUAGUGUGUUUUGAGUAAUAUAAAAUAUUUCCCAAUAAUCAAAACUUGUUUUUAUUUAUUUGGUUUUUUUUUUUUUUGUUACCUGUUUCCCCACCUAGCAUGUAGCUCCAAGAUUAUGGUUUCUUCUUGUGGGGUGAUUUGUCCUCUCUUAAGGUCUGGCCUCAAGUAAUUCACCCACCUCAACCUGCAACUCUUCCCAUUCCUUUUCAAUCCUGUUCUUGCAAAGAUGAUGAAGAGAUGUUAUAAUAAUAUAAAA